CCCCCCGCUCUCGGGGGCUGGCGGCGCGGGGAGCGGCGGCAGGCCGGCUGGUGCGGAGGGGGAAGAUGGCGUGGAGCGGUGCCCGGCCGCCGCGCCUCCUCCUGCUGCUGCUGGCCCUGGCGCUGCCGGCGGCGGCGGAGCGGCACCCCGGGCCCGCAGAUAAACUACUAGUUUUUACUGUGGCAACUAAAGAAACCGAUGGCUUUCAACGUUUCAUGCAAACUGCAAAACACUUCAACUACAUAGUAAAGGUACUUGGAAAAGGUGAAGAGUGGAAAGGUGGUGAGCUGCCUAACUCUAUUGGUGGAGGGCAGAAAGUUCGACUGCUGAAAGAAGGCAUAGAAAGCUAUGCUGAUCAAGAGGACUUGGUUGUAAUGUUUGUUGAAUGCUAUGAUGUUAUCUUUGCGGGAGGCCCUGAAGAACUGCUAAAGAAGUUUCAGGAAACUAAUCAUAAAGUGGUGUUUGCAGCAGAUGGAAUAAUUUGGCCAGAUAAAAGGCUAGCUGACAAGUAUCCUGUCGUCCGGAGUGGAAAACGAUUCCUGAACUCAGGAGGAUUUAUUGGUUAUGCUCCAUAUAUAAAUCGUAUUGUGCAGCAAUGGAAUCUGCAGGAUAAUGAUGAUGACCAGCUGUUUUACACCAAAAUCUAUGUUGACCCGUUGGCAAGGGAACGCAUUAACAUUACUUUGGACCACAAAUGUACAAUUUUCCAGACCCUAAAUGGAGCUGUUGAUGAAGUCCUUUUGAAAUUUGAAGAAGGAAAAGUAAGAGCAAGGAAUUCAGUGUAUGACACAUUACCAAUCACUGUUCAUGGAAAUGGUCCAACUAAAAUUCACUUGAAUUAUUUGGGAAACUAUAUUCCUAAUGCUUGGACACGGGAGACUGGCUGCAGUAUUUGUGAUUUAGACUUACUAGACCUGUCAACAGUAACGGAAUAUCCAAGAGUAAAAAUCGGUGUUUUCAUUGAACAACCCACUCCUUUCCUACCUAAAUUUUUAGACAGACUGUUGACUCUGGACUACCCAAAGGAGGCACUCAGUAUCUUCAUUCAUAAUAAUGAGGUUUACCAUGAAAAGCACAUCAAGAAAUUCUGGGAAAAAGCCAAGAACAUUAUCAGAAAUAUAAAAAUUGUUGGACCUGAAGAGAAUCUGAGUCAAGCAGAAGCCCGGAACAUGGGAAUGGACCUUUGUCGCCAGGAUAAAGCAUGUGAAUAUUACUUCAGCAUAGAUGCAGAUGUCGUGCUGACAAACCCGAAAACUUUAAGACUACUGGUAGAACAGAACAGAAAGAUAAUUGCUCCACUCGUAACUCGUCAUGGAAAGCUUUGGUCCAAUUUCUGGGGUGCUUUGAGCCCAGAUGGCUAUUAUGCUCGAUCAGAAGAUUAUGUUGAUAUUGUCCAAGGGAACAGAGUAGGAGUAUGGAACAUUCCUUAUAUGGCUAAUAUAUACUUAAUUAAGGGACAAACUCUCAGAUCAGAGAUGAAAGAAAAGAACUACUUUAUACGUGAUAAGUUGGAUCCUGAUAUGGCUCUCUGCAGGAAUGCCAGGGAAAUGGGUGUUUUCAUGUACAUUACCAACAGACAUGAAUUUGGAAGACUUAUUUCUACAGCCAAUUACAAUACCUCCCACUACAACAAUGACCUCUGGCAGAUAUUUGAAAAUCCUGUGGACUGGAAGGAAACCUAUAUAAAUCCCAACUACUCAAAGAUCUUCACUGAUAAUAUAGUAGAACAGCCAUGUCCAGAUGUGUUUUGGUUUCCCAUAUUUUCUGACACCGCCUGUGAUGAAUUGGUAGAAGAAAUGGAACAUUUUGGACAAUGGUCUGGUGGAAAACACCAGGACAGCCGUAUUUCUGGAGGUUAUGAAAAUGUCCCAACUGAUGAUAUUCAUAUGAAGCAAAUUGGACUGGAUAAUGAAUGGCUGCAUUUCAUAAGAGAGUUCAUUGCACCAGUAACGCUAAAAGUAUUUGCUGGCUAUUAUACCAAGGGAUAUGCUUUAUUGAAUUUUGUUGUAAGAUAUAGCCCUGACAGACAACGGUCGCUCAGACCUCAUCAUGACUCCUCUACAUUCACAAUCAACAUCGCUCUCAACAAAGUAGGAGAGGACUUUCAAGGAGGUGGAUGUAAAUUUCUUAGGUACAACUGCUCCAUUGAGUCUCCCAGGAAAGGAUGGAGCUUCAUGCACCCAGGAAGACUUACUCAUUUACAUGAAGGACUUCCUAUCUUGAAUGGCACAAGAUACAUUGCAGUAUCAUUUAUUGAUCCUUAAUUUUUUUUUUGCCCUCUUCAACAGCAGUGUUUGAUUCUUUACAUAAACAUUUAUUUAUAGUUUUCUUCUGGAAGACGGUGAUGAAAGAAACUUUAAGUUACUGUUCCUAGACAGCAAAGUUACUUUGGGCUAAAAGAAUGAAAAAAAGAAAAUGUUCUAAAAUUGUUGAAGAUUUCUCAAUAUCUGCUCUGAGCCUUGAGUCACAAAGUAAACAUGUCCUGCUUGUUUUUCCAUUCUGCUGUCUUAAAGAGUAGGUAAGGAGGGAAAAUGGAAAAGCAUUUUAUAAUGAAUCCAUUUCUUUGUUGAAAAAAAAAACCAAACAAAAACCCACCAAACAACCCUAGAUACAAAAUUACCUGCAAAAUUUGUCGUUUUCAUUCAGUAAAGUGACACAGCUAAAGUUUUUGUGAUGUGUGUAUUUGGUACCAACCAAUUAAAAACCACAGCAUAAAACCAAAAUCUAGUUAAUCUUGUAUACAGUUGUUGGGGAUAAGCAGUAAUUCCAUCUGCUGGUAUAUACUGAAGGGAAAACAUCUCAGUAGCCUGUUUUCUUAAUUAAUUUUCAAUACUGAAAUGUAUACCUUUAGAAAAAAAAAUAAAUUAAUUGGGGAGAUGGAGCAAGGAUUAAAUAAUUUAGCUAAGAAAAUAUGGUUUAUCAUUUGUUUUGAGAACUCAUCCUGUUGAAAAUUUACUUUUCUUCACCAAGUGACCUUCAUUUAAAAUGAGUUAUUUUUCUAAAUGUGUAAUUGCACCCAGUUGAUACUGGAAAUUUGAUGUUUAUUUUCAGAAUGUUGGUAAAUUUUAAUAAUAGGAUGUUUUAUAAAGACAAUUUUCUACUCUUACUUAAAAUUACUUGAAUUUUGUAUCAGGAAAAUGAAAUGGUGGCAAUCUCCAUUUUUAAAACUAAGGGUCUUAACUUGCCAUUUAUUUUAAAGAAAUUGGUUUAAAAUAUUCCUACUGUAUCUACUGUUUGUAAUUUAAAGAAACUUGAAGCUAACUGUCUCAAAGUCUACCGUGCCAAAAUGCACAACGUGUUGGAAAAACUUGUGAAAAAUAAAGGGUAAUUUUAAAUUAAUGUAACAGCU